GCCGCGCCCAGCUGACCAACCACGUGACUUUGCGGAAGUAAGCUUGACAACAACAUGAGCAUAUCCUGAGAAGCUCGUCCUUUUUUAAAUUAUUAUUUGCGAGAAUGGCCCAUUUGUUUGUCUUGAUUUUCAUCUCUGGGCUUGUGAACGAAGCGCUGUGUCUCCAGAGUUCAUGCGGGGCCGAGCAGGAGCACGAGGGCCCGGAGGCAACAGCGGGCUGCGGCUGUGAGAGGCUGAAUAGAGCCGCCGUGGUGGACAGGACAGCUUCUGUACACCCAGCUGUCAAAUACUCCACAGGAGUGAACGAGAGGACGUCUGAGGCCCCGGGGGAUGGCAAGAAAUUACAAAGUCAGAUGGUGCGGAUUUCUGGAGGACAGUUCCUGAUGGGAACAGAUAACCCAGGCAUCCCCGCAGAUGGUGAGGGACCUCAGAGACAGGUGCAUGUGGAUGCCUUCUACAUGGACAUCCAGGAAGUCACCAACCACCAGUUCCAGAGCUUCGUCAGCACCACGGGAUACGUUACUGAGGCAGAGAAAUUUGGAGACUCGUUCGUGUUUGAAGGGAUUUUGAGUGAACAAGUCAAAAGUCAAAUCACUCAAGCAGUGGCUGCUGCCCCCUGGUGGCUUCCAGUCAAAGGGGCAAACUGGCAGCACCCUGAGGGCCCAGACUCAAACAUCACAGGCAGAAUGGAUCAUCCUGUUCUACACGUCUCCUGGGCAGAUGCAGUUGCCUACUGCUCAUGGGUCAACAAGAGACUACCCACAGAGGCAGAAUGGGAGUACGCUUGCCGGGGUGGCCUGAAAGACAGACUUUACCCAUGGGGAAAUAAGUUGAACCCAAAAGGAGAACACUACGCCAACCUCUGGCAGGGCAACUUCCCCACACACAACUCUGGAGAGGAUGGAUUCGUCACAACGUCACCGGUGAUGUCCUUUCCUGCAAAUGGUUUUGGUUUAUAUGACAUGGUGGGAAAUGCUUGGGAAUGGACCUCAGACUGGUGGACUGUACAUCACACCACAGACCCUCAACACAACCCAAGGGGUCCGACUUCAGGCACGGACAGAGUGAAGAAAGGAGGGUCAUACAUGUGCCACAAGUCUUACUGUUACAGAUAUCGAUGUGCAGCUCGAAGCCAGAACACUCCUGACAGCUCAGCCUCCAAUCUUGGUUUUCGAUGUGUUUCUCAGGAGCAACGAUGACCUGACGUGCUUGUCUUGAAAAUUGACUCAAGACGUAAUCAAGCUGAGUAUUUGAAUUCGAUUGGUGACGCUUUUUCCCACCAUCGCCUGACUUUGCCAUGACAAUGAUUGUCAAGAAAAAAGACACGGAAUGUCCUUCUUUACUGUAGAUUUGUUUUGAUAAUGUUAUAUUUUUCCAUAUAAAAUGAACAGAAAUGUGUUUUAGUCUCUUAACGCCCCUGAGCAGAGCCCCGUGAGCUGCUGUUUCUGCUAAAUUAAAGAACUUUUCAGUGUUUUCACAGUGGUCUUGUUAGCUGCAUUGGUCAAGGGCUUGUUGAGAAGACUAAAGGUAAAUAACGUCUAAUCACAUUGUUAAGUUUUUGUAAAACAACUUAAAUUGAAUUAUUUUGUCUGUACAUUUAUUUUUAAAAGACUCCAAUAAAAUUAAAACUCACAGA